AUGCCAAAUAAAUCUCAACAACAACACGAAAAAGAAGAGAAGCAAGAAAAUGAAGAUGACAAUAUAGAAAUUGAUAAGAUUAAUCCAAAAUCACCACCAUAUUACAACAGUGUUUAUUCUAGUGACGAGGACAGUAAUAGUAAUAGUAAUAAUAAUAAUAAUAGUAAUAGUAAUAAAAGUAAUUCACCGAUAUUAAAAAAUAAUAAAAGUAAUUCACCAAUAUUAAAAAAUAAUAAAACUAACUCAAGUCCACUUAGUAUUGUGAAUGAUGAAAUUUUUAAUUUUGAUGAUAAUAAUAGCAGCAAUAAUGAAUCGAUAAUAGAUUUAAAAAGAAAUAAAAGUUUAAGCGAUUUGGAAAUAAGCACAAGAAUCAGAAAGAAAUUUGAAGAUUCAUUAGAAUAUUUUAGCUCAUUAUUAGAUAUUAUUACAAAUACAAAAUCGAAAAAAUCAACUAUGCUCCCAUCUAACCAAAAUUAUAUAAAAAGAAAUAGCGCUGUAUCAACACCAACUAAUAUAUUUAUUAAUAAUAUUCAAAGAUCAAAGGUCGGAUCAUCUCAUGAUAAUUUAUUAAAUGCAAGUUUUACAAACGGUACAAGUAAUUCCCAAAGCGAUAGUGAAGGAAGAAUUGAAGGUGAUUUUCAAAUUCCAAUUGGUGGAACCAUUAAUAAUAGUGAUGUCGAUAAUAGUAGUGAUAGUUUAGCACAACAGCAACCAAAAGAGCGAAAACAAGAGGAACCACAAGUACAAUUUAAUAACUCUCAAGAUGCAGAUGAUGAAAAUAGCUUUUAUGAUACAAGCACAACCGAAGAGGAUGAAGAUUUAUAUCAUGACAAUGGAAAAUUAAAAACAAUCUCUCAAAUGAAAUCAGAGUUGGAGGAAUUCUUUUUACAUCUCAGUUUUAAAAAGCGUGAAGAGAUUUCUUUUUCAUUAUCAGUUGAACAAGAUCCAUUGGUUAUUGAUCAAACUAUCAGUCAAUAUUUUGAAAUGUUUGUUAAUGAAUGUUAUAAUGAAAUAAUAAAUAAAUUUCAGUUUCAAUUUCCUAAUAUUAUAGAUACAAUUAAAAUAAUGAGAAGUUCACCAGAAAUUAAAAUAGCAGGCAAUCCAAACGAAAAUUACAUUCCAUUACAUAAAUCCUCACCAUCAUAUAAAAAAUUUUCAAUUGUAGAUUUCACAAAGAAAAAAUUAUUAUCAGGCAUAAACUCAUCAAACGUGGGUAGUUUCUUUUUAUCAAUGAUUCCAAUUGUAGAUUGGAUACCCAAAUAUCAACUAAAGUAUAUUAAAGAUGAUGUUAUUUCAUCUCUUACUGUCGGCUUUAUGAUUGUUCCACAAGCUAUGGCAUACGCAAUUUUAGCUGGUCUACAACCCAUUUAUGGUUUAUAUGCUGCUUUCAUAUCUCCAAUUGUUUAUGGUAUCUUUGGUACCUCAAAUGAAAUUUCAGUUGGUCCAGUCGCUAUGGUUUCUUUAUUAAUUCCAAAUGUUGUUAGCGUUCCAUCUACCGAUCCAGAGUAUGUGGUCGAGGUCUUGUGUCUAUCGUUAUUAUCCGGGUUAAUAUUAAUUGUAAUUGGCUUCUUAAGAGCUGGCUUCAUCAUUGAAAAUCUUCUUAGUAAUCCAAUUUUAAUGGGCUUCAUCCAAGCUGCCUCACUUUUAAUUAUUUGUAGUCAAAUUAAAAACCUAACACAAAUUCCAAUACCAAGUACCGUUUCAAGUUUACCAGAGUUUAUUCAAGCCAUUGCAGAACAUUACAAAUCGAUUCAUGGUUGGACUGUGUUGUUUGGUUUGUGCGCUUUAGUGGUUCUAGUAUCAUUCCGUUUUAUAAAUAAUAGAAUUAAAUACAAAGUACCAAUUGCUGUUAUUAUCUUGUUUUUAUCAACUUUAAUAUCAUACUUAAUCAAUUCAAAAUCGCAUGGUAUUAAAAUUAUUGACACUAUUCCAUCAGGUUUACCAGUUCCAAGAGGAAUAACCCUAAAUAUAGACAAAGUUGGUAAAUUAAUUGUUGGUGCAUUCAUUAUUUCAAUUUUAGGUUUUGUAGAAUCGAUUUCAAUUGCAAAGAAAUUUUCAUCGAUUAGAAAGUAUUCAAUUGAGCCAAGCCAAGAAUUAAUUGCGCUAGGUAUGUGUAACUUUGUUGGAUCAUUUUUCCAAGCAUGUCCAUCAACUGGUUCAUUCUCAAGAACAGCAGUAAACUUUCAAACCAAUUCAAGAUCAAGAGUUUGUUCUAUUGCAUCGGGUGUAAUUGUAGCAUGUGUAUUAUUAUUUUUAACACCAAUUAUCAAACAUACUCCAUUAUGUAUUCUUUCGGCCAUUGUCAUCGCAGCAGCCAUCACAUUAUUCGAAUUUAAAGAAAGCUAUGAACUAUUAAAAGGUGGUGAAAUAUUGGGUUUUAUUCAAUUGGUUUUCGUAUUUUUAAUAACUUUAAUGUUCGGUUCAGAGGUUGGUAUAGUUGUAGCAUUUUGUGUAUCCAUUUUACAAAUUAUCUAUUUCUCAGCUAGACCACAGUUGGUUAGUUUGGGUAGAUUACCAGGUACUUUGGUAUUUAGAAACAUUAAACAUUAUUCAGGCGCAAUUGUAAAUAAAAGAGUUAAAAUCUUAAGAUAUGACUCUCGUUUAACCUAUUAUACAGUCAAUCAUUUCAGAGACACCCUUUAUAAAAUGAAUAGCGAAGAAGGUUUCGAAGCGGUCCAUACCAUUAUCUUUGAUAUGGUAAAUGUUAGUUCAAUUGAUUCAACAGCCAUCGAUGUACUAAACGAAAUCAUAGAUUACUACAAAGCUAUAAAUAUUCAAAUAUUAUGGUCCGAUAUUAGACCUUUUGUUCAACAAGUUAUGCAUAGAUCAGGUUUCUUAAAAAGAUUAGAUCAUCACCAUUUCUUUACUUCAACACAUAAAGCUGUAGAAUAUGCAUUAUCAAGUUAA